CGCGCAGUUUAGUAUUCAAACAAAACUCCAAGAGUAAACUACGCAACAAAGUUAUCUCUGUAAACAAGCCGAAAAUAUUUUUUUACGACGCAUUACCAUUGAAUUGCUAUUUCAAAUUUAAAUAAAGUGUGUGAACACUGUUUAAUAUAUUAAUUAUUAAUAAUUAAAAAAUAAAGAUGCCAGCAAUUGGAAUUGAUUUGGGAACUACGUACAGUUGCGUGGGUGUUUGGCAGCAUGGAAAAGUUGAGAUCAUCGCGAAUGAUCAAGGAAAUAGAACAACACCAAGUUACGUAGCAUUCACCGACACUGAACGUUUGAUUGGUGAUGCUGCCAAGAACCAGAUAGCCAUGAAUCCCACCAACACUGUUUUUGAUGCUAAACGAUUGAUCGGACGGCGCUUCGAUGAUCCCAAGAUACAGGCUGAUAUCAAGCACUGGCCAUUUAAAGUAAUAAAUGACAACAGUAAGCCGAAAAUUCAGGUCGAGUUCAAGGGCGAGCGCAAGGUAUUUAGCCCUGAGGAAAUAAGUUCUAUGGUACUUACCAAGAUGAGGGAAAUUGCUGAAGCUUACUUGGGACAACAAAUACGUGAAGCUGUUAUAACAGUACCAGCUUAUUUUAAUGAUUCACAGAGACAAGCCACCAAAGAUGCUGGAUCUAUUGCGGGCCUUAAUGUCCUGCGUAUUAUCAAUGAACCAACUGCUGCAGCUUUAGCUUAUGGGCUAGACAAAAAUUUAAGUGGUGAAAAAAAUGUCCUGAUAUUCGAUCUUGGCGGCGGUACAUUUGACGUUUCUAUUUUAACAAUUGAUCAAGGAUCGUUGUUUGAAGUUAAAUCCACUGCUGGUGACACACAUCUAGGUGGAGAAGACUUCGAUUCACGUUUAGUUGGUCAUUUUGUACAAGAGUUCCAACGUAAAUACAAAAAAGAUUUGACUGUCAAUCCACGUGCAUUAAGACGUCUUAGAACAGCAGCUGAACGUGCUAAACGUACGCUGUCAUCCAGCACUGAAGCUACUUUGGAGAUAGACGCUCUGUAUGAAGGUCUCGACUUUUAUACUAAAAUUUCUCGCGCUAGAUUUGAAGAACUCUGUGCAGAUUUAUUCCGCAAGACACUGGAACCAGUUGAGAAGGCUUUGAAUGACGCUAAAAUGGAUAAAAAAUCAAUUGAUGACAUUGUUCUAGUCGGUGGGUCAACGCGUAUUCCUAAAAUUCAAUCAUUGCUUCAGAAUUUUUUCAACGGAAAGCAAUUGAACCUUUCAAUUAAUCCUGACGAAGCUGUGGCCUAUGGAGCAGCGGUACAAGCAGCUAUUUUGACCGGUGAAGGUGAUAAAAAUUCAACACUUCAAGAUGUACUUCUUGUUGAUGUCAUUCCUCUGUCAUUGGGUAUCGAAACAGCAGGAGGUGUGAUGACUAAACUAGUUGAAAGAAACUCUCGUAUACCCUGUAAACAAACUCAAACAUUUACUACGUAUUCAGAUAAUCAACCGGCAGUAACUGUUCAAGUAUUUGAAGGCGAACGAGCAAUGACUAAAGACAAUAAUCUACUGGGUACAUUUGAAUUAACAGGGAUAGCACCGGCUCCACGUGGAGUCCCUAAAAUAGAAGUUACUUUUGACAUCGAUGCUAAUGGAAUUCUUCAUGUAACUGCCAAAGACACAGCAAGUGGUCGUAGUCGCGAUGUCGUAAUUAGAAAUGACAAAGGCAGACUGAGUAAGGCGGAAAUUGAAAAAAUGCUUGCUGAUGCUGAAAAAUAUAAAGAUGAUGAUAAUAAACAACGUGAAACUCUUGCUGUAAAAAAUAAAUUAGAGAGCUAUGUAUACUCAGUCAAACAGGCUGCUCAAGAACAAGGUCACAAUUUGUCUGCUGAUGACAAGAAUAAAGUUAUUAGUCUGUGUGAUGAAACUGUCCAGUGGAUGGAUAGCAAUACUCUGGCAGAUAAAGAAGAAUAUCAGCACAAAUUAGAGACACUCCAAGCUCAAUGCUCCCCUAUAAUGACUAAAUUACAUCAAGGUCAAGGUCAGGGUCAGGGUCAAUGGCAAGGUCAAGGUCAAGGCCAACGCAAAGGACAAGGACAAAACGAUGGACCCACCAUUGAAGAAGUUGAUUAAGUCAUUCAAUAUAUUUUUUAUAUCUACUUAAUAUAUGUUUUUAUACUUUUCACUUGCAUUAAUGUUUAUCUUAUAUAACUAUUUGUAACGAAAAUACUUAUGUACUGGAAUAAUUAUCAAUAAAUAUUUAAAUAUUUAA